AUGGCUGAGGACAUCGAGGCCAAGCUGAAGCGCUACAAGACGGCUCCGUUCGACAGCCGCUUCCCCAACCAGAACCAGACCAAGAACUGUUGGCAGAACUACCUGGACUUCCAUCGGUGCCAGAAGGCCAUGGCCGCCAAAGGGGCGGAUGCCACCCCCUGCCAAUGGUACUACAGGGUCUACAAGUCCCUGUGUCCUACUUCUUGGGUGACAACGUGGGACGAGUAUCGCGAAGAAGGGAUCUUCCCAGGCAAGAUCUGA